GACCACCGACCACCCUAGCAGGCUUGGGUGGCAGGGUCCACGGGAGACGCACCCCUGUCGCCUCUCCACAAUACCAAUAUUUGUUCGAAGCGCUGUAAGCCCGCACCCCUCAGUACCAGCACCUGCACCACGCACCCAUGCGCCAGCCUAGCGCCCUCCGGCGAACAGGUCCAGUGCGAUCCCUCUCCACCUGCACGCUGCGUCUUGGCCACCAAGGUGCUGUGCUGCCAGCAUGCUCGCCCGCUGCCCUCGCUAUUCGCUCUCCCGGCCUGCCUGCAGCGAACGACGACCCUUACGGCGCUGCUCGAUGCUGCAGCCAGCGCAGCGUACGAGGCUUCCUCUUCCAGCGAUAUGGCGGCGGACCAGUUAUCGGUUUCAGCAGUCAUGAGCUCCCUCCCUGUCCCUCUCCCAAUCCCAUGCUGCCAUCCACUCCAAUAGCCGAAUCGCUUGCCCCAGCGUUAGGCCCGCUUUUCGCUAUCUUCGACGUUAUCUUUGGCUUGCAAACCACUCUCUUCCACAUACGGGAGUACGGCUACGGGUCGCAGCGGCGAUCUUCAACACUAUGCACGACACACCACCCCCAGAACUGCCGCCUGCUGAGCCCUUUCACAAUUCCUCAACACAACUCCUCUUCAAUUUCCGCGCGGCUCUAUGCCUAUUCCGAUGUCCACACACGCGCCUGGAAGGCCCUUGACGCUUCGCUUCUUGCUGAGCGCCUCAAGCCUCUUUUCCCUAAAAAGUCAGGAGCAGACCGACCUGGACUCUUGGUCAUGGCUUGCUGCCCCCAUCGGGCGCCGGCGAGGGCGAAUGUGCAGAGCAGUACUCUUCCAGCUUCUCCAGCUCGACCACCCUGCCACACCAAGCGAGAUAAGACGCUCGGUGCAGGCCACCGCAAUCCUACCAAAGCAUACGUCCUGCAAGUGGCUGCAGCCUUCACAGUGUCCAUGUCCAGUCGGACGAAUGACGAAGCCGCCCUCAGCUGCAAGUCACUUGGCCGACGUGCUCCAACACGAGCAACCUGCAUGACCUGCCACAGAGACAGCCCCCACGCUGCUUUUUCCAAGGUUCCUGAACGGUUUGGUCUUAUCGCAAGAUCCUCGCGGUUAACGAGGUCCCUUGAAAUUCAACUUCUCUAGUGUGCCUCCUUUACCAUGACGCGCGAUUCAUGAUACUGCAAUCAAUCACGGGUGCAAUUACAGCAGCGCGACCAAUGCGGUACCCAAAAACAGAUGUGGCCCGUGAAAGAUGCCCCUCCCCACAAUAACCGCACGUACUUUGUGAUUGCGAAAGAUGGCGACAUUGCCAGAGAGCGGGCCAUGCGCUGCAUCGCAGUGCCCUCGAAACGGCUGUUAGCCUCAACAAACAAUACAGCGUUGCACAUAAUCCUCAACAAGUAUGCAUCGAUGAUGCACUCGCAAGGUAUAGGCAGCUUUGAUCAACGAUAUAGCACAACGUGAUGCAUCGAAGGCAUCCAGACUUCAUAUAUGCUAGAGUAUAGCACCACUCGAUUCCCC